AUAUUAUUAAAUUUAAUGUCUGAAUUAGAAGAGCUCUAAUAAGAUUUAUCAGAAAUCUAAUAAGUCAUUUCAACUCUCAAACGCAAAUCCAACAUUGAUUAUCUAAAUAAUAGAAUCAAAUAUUUAGAAAACUCUAUUAAAAUACUAACACCAUAAAAAGUUGAAUAACCUUAAUAAAUUUAACAAUAAUAGAAAGAUUAGGAGAUUCUAUAUUAAGGCAUUACAAAAUAUGCUUGGGAUUAAGAGGGUAAUAAAGUAAAAGUGUUUUUGAAUUUGGAGGGAAUUGGCUAACAUCCUAAGGAAAAUAUUACCUCAUAGUUCACAUCUAACAGUGUAGAUGUCAAAAUUAAAGGCUUUAAAGGCUUAAAUUAAAGGUUUGAGAUAAUCAAUAAAUUUUAGAUUUUCUAUUAAGAAAACAUUUGAUGAAUUAAAAGAUAAGGAAUGUUCUAUUAAAGUGACAAAUAAUUCUAUUGUGCUUAAUUUAAUUAAGAAAGAUCAAAAGAAUUGGGAAUAAUUGAAUUUUAAAGAGAAAUUAGUAAAUAAUAAUUUAUAUACAGAUUGACACAGAUCCAUCUAAAUUAGAUCAAUAGGAUCCAUAAGCAUCUUUGAUGAAUAUGAUGAAAGAAAUGUAUUAGAAUGGAGAUGAUGAUAUGAAACGAACCAUAGCUUAGGCUUGGAGUAAAUCUUAGGCAGAAAAAGGACUUUAAUGAGUAUUA